GAUCUGCUGUCAAAAAGUCCGAAAGUUUCUGUUUGUGUUUACAAAAAUUUCGCUGCUCUUGCAAAAAAUCAGUGAAUUUCGAUGUAAAAUGCUUCGACCGGCCCCGCUGUCGUCGGUCCUCAACGAGGAGGUGUCCCUCGAGGGCCUGGAAGGGGCCACCCUGGACACCCUCUGGAACCGGUUGGCGAUCCGGCUCAAGAUGAAAAUGCCCCUGCCGCAGCCGUUCUGCGAUUCCGUGUGGUCCCUGGUGGUUCGGCAGAGCGAAUACUCGUUCUACGAGCUGCCAACGCCGCGGAAGCCGUUCGAGUUUUUCGACCGGAUGCAGCACGUCGAUCCGGCGACGGGUGUGAUGAAGGAACCGAAGGAUUACCCGGGCCAUCGGUUCCGGUACGAGCCGAUCCUGGCGGAAGGGGUGAGGGGAAGUUGCGAGUGUUACGAGAGCCGUGCUGUUGUGGACAGGGAGGUGUUGAUGGGGAUGAGUUGGCGGGAGGUGGACGCCAAGUGGCCGUUCCAGUUUGUGGUGAUGGCCUCGCAAAAGAUGCGCGAAUCGUUUAUUGUCAAUUCGAAUUUUACGCUGGAUUUUACGAUUAUUCAGUACUGUAUGUUGGAGUGGAUCGCCCGGGCGCGGUUUAACGGGGAGACGUCGCAGGGCAAGUACUCGCUGCUGGAGCUGACGAAAGAUUCGAGCAUUUUGUACUACAACCGGAAGUUCCUGACUGAUUACAAGCUGAUCACGAGGCAAUCUUUGUGUCAGCGAACCGGCGAGAGCAGCAUCCAGGGCAUGGUGUUUCACCUGCCGCGGUAUUACAACGAGAUGAAGCCGAAAAAUUUGAUGAUCACGGAGAAGGUCGUUAACAUUCUGAAGCAGAGGCCAAACUACCAGGCGGAUUACGAAGAGAUUAAGCAGAUUGUGCUGGGCCGUUCGGAGGCACGCAAGUGGUUCCGAUGUCCGGAGUUUGCUAAAUAUAUUCGGACGGAUGAGACGGUUCCCUAUCGGGUGCUCUAUCCGGAUGCGGACGAGCGCGAGUGGAAGAUGAAGAAUCGAAAGUGCGAAGAGAAGCAGGUUCGCGUCAUGCGGCUGAUUGACCCGACCGCAGACAUCUACGAGCUGUGGUACAAGGACGAGGUCCCGGAAGAGGAUCAAAACGAUGGGAUUUUGAAUUCGCAGAAGGCUUACAUCGACAUGCCGAUUUUGCAGCAAGCUUACAACAUUGUGGCCGCUGCCGGUGAAUCCGGAGUGUCCCAAUCGUCGAUGGCUCUCCAAAUGGGACUGGACAAGUUGAACGCUCGGGGCGUCGUUAAAAAUCUGAUGCGACUCAAAGCCGUCGAAGGGCACGCCGUGGACGAAGGCCGCCAACGCACCACAAAGUACUUUAUCCCCGGAUUGACCCAGCAAGCGGUUUCGUUCGACAAAGAAAUCCAGUACAUUCAGCUGAUGAACAACCAAAUCGUGCAGCAACAACUGCAGCAAAGUGAGCCGCAAAUGAUCCUGCCGGAUGAGGCCAUUCCCAGCACGAGCUCGACCCCCCAACAGAUUGUCAAAUCGGAAGCCGGCGCAAACUUUUCCAUCACGAUUGAGCCGGAUGAUCCGGUUCCGGGUGAGCUGGAAGAAGAAACUAGCAACACGACAUUGGCCAACCCGGAAGCCUUGGACGCGGUCCAGUGCGAGAUCAACAUAACCGACCAAGUGGUGUCGCUGAAGAAGGCCCAAGCUGGGUUGUCCGGUAUGAUGAAGUCGAAGCAUCUGAGCGCUAAAAUGUUGAGGCGUUGCAACCUGAUCGUUGACUUGGUGAAGGCGUUUCAGGUGUUGGAACCGCGCACCAUCCUGAAGAAGAUCAACGAUCACGAAAAGAGCCUUGGGAACAAAUCCGAGGCGUGCAACAAGUCGGUGCUGCGCCUGCUUGGCAAGUUGGCCGCGGACAAGUUUCUGAAGAUCGCCAAUGUUCGGCUGGUCAAGGAGGAUCGUGAGUUGAGUGUGAUCUACGCCUGUGAGAACUCCGUUGACGAGAACAGCAAGGUGUUGCAGUGUAAAAUCGAUUCCGCCAAGACACGCAUGUUGCUGCAGAAUCCGGGCUCGGUGGCGAUGGUCAGCAAGAAACUGGCGACUGCCGCGGAGGCGAUGGAGGAGGCAAAUGUUCCAAAGACCGGGUACAGCUACGAAGGGACGUUGGCAAAGUGCCUGCGGAUGAAGUUGUUCCACGAGUUUCUGUUCUACCUAAUCUACAGCCACCCGGAAGAUGCACCGGUGCUGAACGCGAAAGAGUGGUCACGGUUGCCGGGACUGGAGGACUUCAACGAACCCUUUUCGCCGAUCUACAGUACCGACGGGUGGAAGAUUUUUGUUCCUCCGCUGAACACAUACGAUGAUUACGGCGCUGGUUGGGCUGUCAUAACGGACAUCACGAUCCGACUUCCGCUGUCCAUCUUUUGCCAGAUUUGUACCUUUGGGUUCUACACCAAAGAGUUGGACUACUACCUGAAUCACCCGCUUCGGCGGCACAUGCUGAUCAAGCAACUUCCCCGACCGAUCCGGUUGCAGCUGUUCCGUCAACGAAAGUACGUCUACAACAUCUACGAGCUGUGCUCGAAGCUAUGCUACGCCGGCCUGCUCCAGUUUGGUCCGCAACGGGCGAAGGAUCGCGACCAGACGUACAUCUAUCUGAAUCGGCACACGGCCCUGUUGGACACGCGCAGCUCCGAAGUUGGGUACAACGAAAUCGAGGAGAAGGACUACCCGAUGCUCGGAUUUCAGUUCGUCGCGCCGGAAGACCUGGGUGGGUACUGGGAAACGCUCUACUCGUACGCGAUGGAGACCAUUUUAAAUCGCCGAAGCGUUGCGGUCGGCAAGGAGAUUCUCGUUCAGCAGCUCGCCGUCAAGCCGGAAAUGCUCGAGGCGGUCAAGCCACGAACACCGGCGGAAGCGAUUGUAAACGAUGUGCAACGGUUACCUCCGGGAGAUUCUCGGGGCGCGGCUGGGAUGGACACGGCCAUGUUUAUCCACCUCAAGUCCAACUGGCACAAGAUCAUGAACUACGCCCCGGCGGAACGAGCCAACCAGAAGGCCAAGAUCAAGCGCAUGAAGACGGUCAAGAAGAUGAUCGCGAUCAACAAGGAGAAGGCGGCGGAAGCUGCGGCCGCAGGACCGAUCGCGGCCCGUAACACCAAACGACUGACCGCACCGAAAGAUCCCAAGGACAAGAAGCUGGUUCUGAAGAGCAAACUGACGGUGAAGCCGUUUGCCUCGACCUACCGCAAGUACGGCGAAAAGAAGCACGCGAUCAAGAUUCGCAAGAUCGAGUCACGGGUCAGCAAGGCACGCGCCAGGAACAUCUACGACGAGGUCGAUCGCAGGGCGCUCAAACUUAUGAAGAAGCUGCGCGUCGAUUGGAACCGCCACGAGGACGCCAUGUUGCUGCUGUGCCGAAUCGGUGUCCACUAUCUGUUCGGCGAGCAGAACCUGAAGCAAAACACCAUCCUCACGUCCAGCAUCUACCGGGACAUUCUCCACUGGACCGAUCCGGGCUCGCAGAACAAAACGUCACGGGCGUGCCAGCGGCGAACGAACUACAUGGUCAAGCACAAGCACGGCAACGCGUCCAGCAUCAAGCUGUGCGUUGAAGAGGCCAAGCUGAACCCGGUCAUUGAGCGACGCUUUGGCGCCGACUUUAUGCAGAACCUUCGCAGGGAGUAUCCCGGGAAUGAUGAGUUUGCGAUGGCACUGAAGGUGCACUUUGUCGAGCUGGUGUACAUGCUGAAGAAGACGCUGACCAAGCUCAACUCGGACCACUUCCGAGGGGUCGCCGAUGAGGACACUUCCGACCGGUUGUUCAUCCCGAACUCGGUCCCAGAGUUUGAAAGGCGUUUCAACGUGCUCCAAAUGCAGGACAAGGUCGACGGACUCAACUACGAUCGCAAUCCGAACUGCCAGGAGGACAUCAUCCUGUUCAAGCUGGUCACGCUGAUUCACAGUGCCGUGACGAACGUCAAAGAUCGCUCCAACUUUAACGUGCAGCUGUUCAACAUCUACAAAAACUACUCCGAGAAGCACCUGUCGGCGGCGAUGAAGAUGGUGCGCUCGUACAAGAUGAUUUCGCUGACGCGCAAGCUGAAGGCCGCCAAGGUGAUCCCGUCGAGCAUCGUGCCGAACUACGACAAUCCGUACCGGGUGUCGGUGACCUACCUGAACCAACUCUGCACCAAGAUUCCGUUCGAGAUCUUCGGGCUGGUGUACGAGAACUACAUGCGGCUGAUUGAUCGGGCUAGUUUCGAGGAGGCGGUCACGUUCGACGACGGCGGCCAGGGGCUGAUGCUGCUGCUGGCGGAACUGCUCGCGAUCGAGCGGGCCGAGAUGCAGCUGGAGGCGCCUGCGCAGUACAUUCAGGUCAAUCCGGAGCUGCAAAAUACCUCCAAGGGCGAUGAGCUGGGCAAGGUGUUUACCGAGUUCCCGGUGGGUGACGAGGACAAAGCUGGUGGGUCGCAGGAAUCAGAGCCGGAGAUACCGGAAAUCAAGCCGGAGCCGGACCCGAAGAAGUUGCGCUUCAACUCGUGCAACGACGUUUGCUUCAACUACGUGACCCAUCCGGUCGAGAAGCUGACCAAGAUCCCGAUGGAGUAUUUGCACUUUUUCUGCCUGCUGAACAGUUUCCGCGAGCGGAGUUACUUGCGCAACUACAAGAUCGACCAGACGGCGAACAUUUGCGCGAUGCCGGAUUGUAUAUUGCUGGACGCGGACCGGGGUUUGAUGACGAAGUGCAUCGCGAUCGCGCUGGCCAGACGGGACACGAUCGAGCGGUUGAAGAUGUCCAAGGUGUCUCGUAUCGAGAUGACGCCGGCGUUGUCGUUGCGCGAGGACAACCUGAUCCAGUUUUUUACGCGAUCGGUCAACGAGUACGUCAAGGCACGCACAGAGUUGCAGCGGCGUGAUCUGGGUAAGAUCGCGGACGGCAUGAAGAAGCAGAUCAACAUGGUCGAGCUGGCGGACGAAAUAGUUCGCUUCGACAAGGCACAGGACUUUAACUGGCUCGAUCGUUACGAGAUUACCCAAGUGGAGGAUUACGAAGGCAGGGACGACGACGGUGACGAUUUGAACGCGUUCUCCCGCAACCUGCCAGUUCGGGACGAAGUGACGGAGAAGGUGUACAAAAUGCACAACUUUUACGUCGUGACCUAUCUCAAGAUCAACGUCCGUCUCUUGUACGAACAUCCGAACCUGCUCAAGCAGCGAGUCCAAUUUGACAACCGGAGCAUUCCGCGCGUGUUCCUGCCGGAAAAUUACGAACUUCGCCAGGACAUCCUCACCAAGAUCACCAGUGACGCCAUCUGGCCUCCGCAGGAAGAGCUGGAACCGCUACUCGAGCAGGCCAGCCCGCUGAUCUACCAGAAUCCCCGCCUCUCCGCUCUAGCCUCCUUCAUCGAGGAUCGCGAGUACUUUGGCGCGUCCGUUCAGGACCUCGCCGACCGCUUCCGCAACCGGGACGAACUGCGCUCCGAUCUGCAGAUGCUCAUCAACUUCAAGUUCAUCCUGCGGACCGGCUACCGGCACGUGGUCUACAUCCACUGGCAGUACGUGCAGCCAUGGCUAAUCAAAACCAGCUGCGUGGUGCACGAUCAACCGGAAGCGUCGUCGUCUUCGGCUGGCCCGAGUUCCCUUAAGCGACGACGCAGCGAAGAUCAAGACGAAGAAUCGCCACCACCACGUAAGGCACGCCGCCAGGAGUUGGAGCGUAGACUGGAGGAGGCCGUCGAGCGGGAUCGAUACAAACCCAAGAAGAAUCUCUCGCUGUCGAUGCAUCCGUGGCACAAGGUUGACGGCGCCGUCAACCACCGGUUACUGUACCGAUGGUUGACGUCGCUGCUCAUGUACUGCAUCUCCCAUCCGGGAGUUCUGCUGACGGUGAUCUACUCCCGAUUCAACCUGAUGGCACCGGUUCACUUGUAUUAUCUCCUAGAGAUCCUGCAAGAGUACGGCUGCAUCAAGCUGUUCGUGAUGGACGUCCGGCCGAAGCGGACGCUUUUCUCGACGUACCGCCCGGUCAAGACUGAACCGGCCACAGAGUUUGACCGCGAGGAGCACACCUACAUCGAACCCUGCCCGAGCGCUCUGUCGACGCUGUCGAUGUUUAUCGGCGACCAUCGCAAGUUCCAGGAGAACUUUCUGGCGCCGCCCAAGAAUGUUCAGGCGGAGGGAGACGACGAGGAGGAUGAAGAAGAGGCCGGCGAGAUCAACUCGCAGGAUUCGGACAAGGAAUAAGAAGAGGACGACAUUUCGACAUUUUACAGGUAGAUUUCUUUUUUAAAACGCUAAUUACAACGCUUCCAUGAA